AUGGAAGGGUUCGUGGAGAUUGAGGUUCAAGACAAUUGUUUGUGUUUGGAGGAUGUGGUUGAUGUUAAAUAUGAAUUUGAUGCUCCUAUGUUCUUUGAUUUUACAAAAGCGGAAUCGUUUUUGGAUGAUUGUGAAGCCGAACAAUGGUUUGAAUUUGCAACAAGUUAUCCACCUUCACCAUUUGUAUCGAAGUUUAAAUGGGGGAACGAUGGUGAAAUGGAAAAUGCUAAUGGACUUGUUGAUCUUCAAGCAAUGGAUGACAAUAAUAGUAGUGGAGUAAAAAAUUGCAAUAAAAAAUCACCAGAUGCUUUAGAUGAUAAGGUAAAGACACUGAGCAGAUCAAGUUCAUCAAAAUCUAAAGUUUAUACUUUUAUGCAACCAACCGCAAGUCAUUUGGCCAAGCUGAAGAACCCUCCCGAAGUUCAAACCUCUCAACAUUUCAGAAGGAAUCAGGAAAAAAGUUCUUCAUCCAUAGACGGCCAAUUAUUAACCAAAAGGCAGAAGCUUGAAGCCGGUUUCCUGCGUAAGAUUGCACACCUGAAGCAUCAAACUCUUCUCACACAUAAGAAAAAUAAUGAGGUUGAUCGUGCAGAUGUAAAUUUAGCCUCUAAACCAAACACUACUAUUCCUCGAGAACCUAAUCUGCAAACAGCACUCAGAGCACAAAGACACAAGUCUAGAACUAAUACUGAAUCAGGUGAACAUGCAAAACCGGGUUUUCAGGUUCCUAAAACGCGGUCCUUAACUAAAAAAGGUGGAGGUGCUUUGAACACAAGUUCCAUCUCAAACAUGGAAACCAGGACAAACUCAAAACAGGAAAAGUGUGGAAUGAUUAGCAAACUCCGAGCUAGCACCGAUGAUAAGAAACUCACAAAUAAAGAAGAAAGAGGUGUUUUUCGGAAUAUCAAAGUAUUUCCAUUGGAACAAAACGACAAGAGAUUUCAUGAUGAACCACCAACUGAAUUACUUAGCAAGCUCACCCUAACUUCUGAAGCCAAACAAACUGCAAAAUCACAACCAAAGGAGAAAUCAAUUUCUAAGAGCUUGAAGGAGAAUAGACGUGAAUCGUCGCGCCAAGAGCACGAGAUGAUGAACUUGGUCAAUGAAGAAAUUCAGAGAUUAUGCGGCAAGCAAUAUCAAUGUGCUCAUGAAGUGGGGUCCGUAGUCACAAUGCAAACAUGUAAGUUGGAACUCGUACACUGA